AGCAAAGUCGACGUCAAUCUGCCCAAAUGUGAAGGAUGAACAACAACAAACCGCCUUUUGUAAACAAACCAGAAGCAGGUGAAUAAAAAAAUCUAAUACAUAACAGCAGCUGCAAUAGAUUUCAACAGUAGAGAUGGCCGAUUAACUACUAUUGCCGAUAAACUGCUUUAACAUGUUGAUUUAAACGGAACGGAGAGGUGUUAUAAGUACCGGUACACAAAUAUUAAAAGACUGAGUGGAUACAGGACACUUGAAAGAAAGUAUUCGGUUAGCCCAACGAAUUUCCUCCAUUUCCAUUUCCACCUCCACCUCCACCUCCACUCACGAGCAUGUUCCUCCGUGAGGUAGCAUUAGAGACCAUAGGCACAGAUGUGGCGCUGUGGCAAGAACUUGAGGGUGACGUGGGCUGUGUGGUGUGGGAUGCAGCCAUUGUGCUCACUAAGUUCCUUGAGGUUAAUUCGCUGAAAACUGGCACAGAUGCAGGAAAAUGUCUGAUAAAAGGCCGAACUGUGCUUGAAUUAGGGUCAGGCACUGGUUGUGUUGGUCUUGCAGCUGCCAUUAUGGGAGCUUCAAAAGUCACCAUCACGGAUCUGCCAGAGUUUCUUGGCCUUAUGGAGAAAAACAUCAUGGAAAAUCGAGAUCGUUUAGGGUGUCCAGUAGAGGCAAGGGAGCUCAGCUGGGGCAAUGAGCAACAGAUGAGGCAAUUUCCCAUUCCGGAAGUUGUGCUCGUGGCUGAUUGCAUAUACUAUGAGCAGUCUCUGGAACCUCUGGUCUCGACUCUACACAAGGUAUGCAGCCCAGAUACAAUAGUCCUCCUCAGCUAUGAAGAGCGAACCACUGGAAAUAAGCCACAGCUGCAGAAGAAGUUUUUUGAGAUGAUGGAAGAGCACUUUUGCAAAGAGAAAAUUGCCUUGGAAGAACAGCAUGAACUCUUUAGGUGUGAGGAGAUCCACAUCUACAAGUUCAGUCGGAGAUGAUGAAAGUUUUUGAUAAGCUUAAGAAAACUGCUGGUGCUUUUUCAGAAUACUAUGAAUUGUAAGAUAGUGUGAGUCCCCACCCCCCCAAUAUUUGCAUUCUAUAUUUUGUUGUUAGAAAAGGAGAAAUACAGGAUGUAUUUAAUUCAGUUAAUAUUUUGUUUGAACUUUCUACUGGAUUAGUUUUUGUCUAUAACUCUGGAAUAGGAUCUUGAGCAUGGAAAUAUUGUCAUCCUGCAGCCAGUGUUCUUCCAGCCAUGGCUCAUGGAUGGUACAUUCCACCCUUGUUAACUGAUAGAAAUAAUGCAAUAGCUUAGUGUACUCAUUGCGAGUCAUUCCUGUUACCCAGCUCUUACACAAAGUUUUCAUGACAGUACAUUCCCAUCACCUCAGCCCUCAAUCAAUUUUUUCCAUAAGGGCAUAUUUCUGUCACUGGUUUUCAGCCAAUUUUUUUCAUGACAUGAUAUUUGCAUCACCUGGGUCCAUUAGGUUAAUUUUUACUUUCAUGAACUGUCUACCAGAAUAUGUAAGUACUUUGUUAAAAGUUUAUUUUCAUUUUUUGAUUUUGUCAUCUGUAUCCUAAUUUUUCUUGCACAUACAUUGAACUAGAGAAUGGAAAGCCUGUAGUAAAGUCAGAUAAACACCACUCAACAUCAAAAGUAUGUUCAUUAUACCAAUUUGAGGAACUAAUCUCUCACAUGGUAUAGUCUGAUUCAUGCUAGAAUCACCUUGUCACCCUAUCUUGAAAGACUGCAGAUCAUGUGAAUAACGUGUUAGAUUACAGAAAUUGGCUUUUUGUGCUGAAUGGCAUGGUGAGAAAUAGGGAUGAAAAGAACAAGAGUGACAGCAAAUGUAGUUUUACCAUUAUUCUAUAUUAUUUAAUUAUUACAGUUAUUUCACAAUUUAUUAUGCAUACAUUAUACAACAUUGUAGUACUCAGGUCUUUAUGAUACAAAGGGCAUAUGGUUCCAAGUGACAUUUUACAUACCAUGUUUUGCAUUUCUUUAUUAAAGGUACUGGAAUUUUCUUUUUUCCAGUUCUGUGUACACUCAAAGGUUUUUGAAUAAAGUCAAUCAAUAUUGUCAUA